AUGUCUACAACUCAAACAAAAACCCAACCAACACCCGUCUCCAUCAAGGUGGAACCCAAGAAUGACUUUCUCAAUAAAAUCAUUGACAAUUUCAACCAACUCACUCGCGAUCCCGACUUCCAGAAAGCAUCUGCAACCUAUGUACAGGUCAAGGAGCAGCAAGAACAAAUCCGACUUCGAGAUGAAAAGCUCACAAGGUUGCAAAAUGAUAUGAAAAUCAUGAAAGAGAAAGAAAUAGUUACGAUCAGUCAACUGUCCGAAGUGAAUCAAACUCUCACCACUCAAAAGGACGCUGCGGACAAAAAAAAUGAAGCUCUGCAAAAAGAGGCUACAGAAAGAGAAAAAUCCACGAGUGAGAUGACCCGACGGAUUCAACAGCUUCAGGAACAGGUACAAGCACGACUCUCGGAGAAAGAUAAAAAGGAGCUUGAGAUGAAAGACAUGGAAAAGAAACAUUCCGGUUCCCUUGAUGAUCUUCAAAAGAAGCUCAAAAAGGGAGAGGUCUUGAUCGAGGGAUUGAACGCUACGAAUGCAAAUCUUACAACUCUUCUUAAUGCUGAAAAGGCGAAGAGUGGCUCUCUUGAGGAAGAGAAGAAGUCUCUCGAUCAAACAAUGAAAUCGACUCAGGGUCAACUUGAAAAAUUCAAUACCUUUGUUGUAAAAUCUCCUCAGGUUGAGGAACAAUCAAUCAUUAAAAAUUUUUCGAACCUCUGGAACUUUGCGGCGAAAGAGCUCUGGGUUGUGCUGCAACAAGAUUUGAAUUUUGAGAAUCUCAGAAAUGAUGACACAUCCUGGAAGAAAUUCAUCUCAGCUACUAAUACUGCCACCCGAGAUCCCACCCAUGGACAGUCCAUCCCACUAUGUGCCUCGAAUUCCGAUAGUGCCAAGGGAAUGCGCCUGGCUCUGAUGUUGUCUAUUCUAUCCAGAGCGAUUGACAAAGAGAUCUUCCAACCAAGCUACUUCCCAUCUGAGACUGGUCAUCUCAGGACAAGCUUAAGCAAACUCGUGGAUAGUGAUCACAAAAAAGAGCAGUUUUAUCGCUCUGUCUUGCUCUCUAUUGAUCGGGAUGGUCAGGAAGCCGAACUCAAAUCUAGAGCCAAGACUGUGGUUCAUAACGUAUCUUACUAUCUCUUUGAGCUUCUCUCCACCACACAGUACGGUGAGCUUAAAGAGAGAAUUGAGAAUAUUGUUCAGAGCGCUAUCAAGGUCUGGCGUCCUAUUCAACAUGCUCCGAAAAAAUAUGAGACAGAAUUCGAUUCAGAUGAUUGGAGCCAUGAAGACGAUGCUUUAUUCCAGUUUCCCGUGGGUAAUCCGGAUCAAAUUGGCGCUGAACAGUCGAGUCAUCAUCUUCUUGUUAUCUUCCCAGGACUAUACUCCUUUGAGCCUGAGUCCUUCAUUUUGGCGCCUGUCAUUCCGCUCAUGAGCUCGCAGAAAUUCUGUGUGGCCGCUACGCAAGAACUGAGGGAAGAAGCCCGGGGACUAUCUAGCCCUGUGACUAAACAAUCCAAGACCAAAAGAAAGAACUCGAUUGCUCAGUCAAAUGUGCCAACUUUUUUAGGGAAACACUCCUCCGGAGCUUCCGGCAACUAA